UAUGGUCAUAUAAUUCUAUCGCUGCUUUGUAUUUCUAGAUGCCUCUUCCAAUUGGAGGUCGACUCAGCAUAAUAUGCCAGGCGUGAGAUUAUUUUGUGAAGUCGAUUCCAUGUAAUACUGCAAUUUCAGUUAUUGCUUCAGGGGAAUAGUGGACUUUAUACCUGGUGCUUAGAAAAUCUGGUGCAAAUCGUGGAGGGAAUAGUAAUCAAAGUCACUUAAUUUACAGCCGUGUAUAUUUGGAAGUGCAUGGAAACUAUACCAUUGACAGGAACUGGUUGACCUGGGCAGCAGUUCUAUUUCCUUUCCGAGCCUCUGUGUGGUUGUAAAUUCUUCUACAAGAGAAGUGGCUAAUACUUUGCAUUGGAGUGCUGGUGGAUUUUUUAAUAUUACAGCAAUAUUAUUUAUUUACGAGUUAAAGAGAUAAAGAUAAAGUGGGAAAGAUUCCAAGAGGAGAAUGCCACACAGAACAAGGCCUCUGACAGCAAUGAUUACCUUUUUGGCUUUAAAUGCUGCCUUGCUACCCACCCUUGGCCCAGUUUAUGAUUUUGUUUGCUUCCUACCAUAUUGGGAAAGACGGAGAGAGCGAAGGAGACAAGAACGUGAAGCUGCAAAGAAAGAUAGUAUAGCCCAAAUAGAAUAGUAGCUUACAAAUCGUUUUUUUAACAUGUCAAAAAUCAAGAUUAUUUGAUAUCUUGUUUUUUUUUAGUUUUUUUAUACCGCCUUUCUGAAUUAGAAUUCAUGUUAGCAGAAGGUGCUUUUAUUUUGUGCAUACGGAGUUGCUUCUUGUCUUUGAUGCUUAUGCUAUUACAGGAGAUAAGAAUUAUCUUUCUGAUUUGGAAGGCAAGGUAAAGAUUUCGCUAUGGGUAUUAACAUGAUUUAACUAGGAAAAUCAAUCAAUAAAAUUAUCUUGACAUUUAAAGCA